CGCGAGCGAAACGCGCGUGAGGAAAAAUAAAACAAGUUGCUGUAACAAAUUAUAUAUAUAUAUAUAUUUUUUUUGGGUGCCAGUGCCUGUGACUCUGCCUGUCGGCGACUGCCAGACUAAAGAAACUGCAACUGCAACGAAAUGGACCAAGAGCACCUGAAUGGCGCGAUGCGCAGCGUUUCUAUAAAUAGCAAUGGACUAGCCACAAAUCAGAAUGGCCACAACGGCAACGACGAGACGGACAAUGCGCGAGUUCUCGGCGGCGGCGGCUUUAGCCUGAGCAGCGGCAGCAAAGCGACAAAUGCGGCGACAAAUGCGGCGACAAAUGCGGCGACAGAUGCAGCGACAGCGAAUGUGAAUGUGAAUGCAAUUCAAAUACAAACAUCGGCAGCUGGUGCGAGUGCAGCGGAUAAAAAGAAAAUGGUGCACGAGUUAUGUCAGCAGCUGUUGCUAACCGAUGAGCAGGUGCAGGAGCUGUGCUAUCGCAUUUUGCACGAGGUGAGGCGCGGCCUGGCCAAGGAUACGCAUCCGAAGGCGAAUGUCAAAUGCUUCGUUACGUACGUACAGGAUCUGCCCAAUGGCAAUGAGCGCGGCAAGUUCCUGGCCCUAGAUUUGGGCGGCACCAAUUUUCGUGUGCUGCUCAUCCACCUGCAGGAGAACAAUGACUUCCAAAUGGAGUCGCGCAUCUAUGCGAUACCGCAGCACAUCAUGAUCGGAUCGGGACUGCAGCUGUUCGAUCAUAUUGCCGAAUGUCUGUCCAAUUUUAUGGCCGAGCAUAAUGUGUAUUCGGAGCGUUUGCCGCUCGGCUUUACGUUCUCGUUUCCGUUGCGCCAGCUGGGCCUGACCAAGGGCCUGCUCGAGACAUGGACGAAGGGCUUCGAUUGUGCCGGCGUUGUCAACGAGGAUGUUGUCCAGCUGCUCAAGGAUGCGAUCGCACGGCGCGGCGAUGUACAGAUCGAUGUCUGUGCCAUACUCAACGAUACGACGGGCACCCUGAUGAGCUGCGCCUGGAAGAAUCACAAUUGCAAGAUCGGUUUGAUUGUUGGCACCGGCUCGAAUGCCUGCUAUGUGGAGAAGGUGGACGAGGCCGAGCUCUUUGAUAUGCGCGAUAAUCGCAAGCCGCACGUCCUUAUCAACACGGAAUGGGGGGCAUUCGGUGAUAACGGUGCACUCGAUUUUGUGCGCACCGAAUUCGACAAGGACAUCGAUAGCCACAGCAUCAAUCCCGGCAAGCAGACGUUCGAGAAAAUGAUCUCGGGCAUGUAUAUGGGCGAGCUGGUGCGCCUCGUCCUGGCCAAGAUGACCCAGGCGGGCAUACUGUUCAAUGGCCAGGGCUCGGAGGUGCUGUUCACGCGCGGACUCUUCUUCACCAAAUACGUGAGCGAGAUCGAGGCCGAUGAGCCCGGCACAUUCACCAAUUGCCGCCUCGUACUGGAGGAGCUGGGCCUAUCCAAUGCCACCGACGGCGAUUGCGCCAAUGUGCGCUACAUCUGCGAGUGCGUCUCGAAGCGGGCCGCACAUCUCGUCUCGGCGGGCAUUGCCACGCUGAUCAACAAGAUGGAUGAGCCGCAUGUGACGGUCGGCGUCGAUGGCAGCGUCUAUCGUUUCCAUCCCAAGUUCCAUAAUCUGAUGGUCGAGAAGAUAACGCAGCUGAUCAAGCCCGGCAUCAGCUUUGAUCUGAUGCUCUCCGAGGAUGGGUCCGGGCGAGGCGCGGCGCUCGUUGCGGCCGUUGCCUGUCGAGAGGAUAUACUCAAUAGCAAGUAAACGAUUGGCAAGCCCAAAAGCAAUCGCAAUCGUAAUUGUAAUUGUAAUUGUAAUCGUUAUCGUUAUCGUUAUCGUAAUCGGAAUCGUAAUCGGAAUCGGAAUCAGCGUCGCAGUUGCUAUCGAAGCAAACCCAAUCAAUUCAAUUCGAAUUCAAACCGGGUUCGAAUUCGAAAAUUCUUAAGGCGAAAAUCAGUUAGUUUCCUUUUGUCGCCGCUGCGAGGGCGCCACCACCUCACCUCCCCCCUUCCGCCCUUCCCCCCACCAGGUAGCGCCAACGCGGGGCGCUUCUUAGUAUUUAAAUUAGGCAACAUCUUAGAAAAAAGUUGAGAAAAAAAAAA